AUGGACGCCUCCAAGGGAGCGUUCCUGCCAACUUCUUCCGUGCCGGCCGCGCCUCGACGCCGGGAACACCGUCGCAACAGCCGUCUGUUGCUUGCAUUCGUCCUGCUGCUCGUUGCAAGCGCGUCUCUCUAUCUCCACCUCUCUCGCGCAGCGGUGGCGCGGAGGCCAGCUGAGGUGGUCCCGCUCGACGCCGACGAGAUCCUGGCCAAGUGCCGCUCUCUCAAGCUGACGCCGGCUCCUCCAGCGGACUUCCACACUCGCACAGAGUCUGACAGGUUCCAGCCGGGAACCGAGGCGGUCCUCAUUCGCAACGCAACCAUCUGGACCGGGGACGACCACGGAACACAAGUCGUACAUGGCGAUGUCCUCCUCGACAAAGGAAUAAUCCGCGCGGUGGGGGAAGUUUUUCCCGUCGUCAUGAACAAAUAUCAGUCUAUCACUACUAUUGACGCGCAUGGCUCCUGGCUCACGCCUGGGAUCGUCGACCUACAUUCCCACGUUGGGGUUGGCCCUUCUCCAGCUCUCGCCGGCGCGGAAGAUGGCAACUCGUGGAAAGGACCUAUUGUCCCGUGGUUGAGGGCAUUGGAUGCGUUCAAUACUCGCGACGACUCUUAUACGGAUUCCAUGUCGGGCGGUGUCACUACCUCGCUUGUCUUGCCCGGAUCUCUCAACGCCAUAGCGGGUCUGGGCUUUGUUAUGAAGUUACGGCCAACGUUGGAGCGUUCACCUACUUCUAUGCUUCUGGAGCCUCCUUUCGGGUUCAAUGCCUCCGAACACGCGCCCAUCGACGCCCCACCACGUUGGGGACAUAUGAAGCAUGCAUGCGGCGAAAAUCCGAAGAAUUACGGUGACGUGCGCAUGGACACUGUAUGGAGAGUUCGUGAUGCAUACGAUACUGCCCGGACGAUUAUGAGAGCGCAAGACGACUAUUGUGAGAAGGUUUCUGAGGGGGACUGGCGUGGUCUGGCAGGCAAGAAAUUCCCCGAAGAAUUACAAUGGACUCCACUUGUCGAAAUUUUACGUGGGAAGGUCAAGGUUCAAGCACAUUGUUACGAGGCUGUAGACCUCGACAAUUUUGUGAGACUGUCGAAUGAGUUCAAGUUCGAGAUUGCGGCAUUCCACCAUGCUCACGAGACAUACUUGGUUCCUGAGGUGCUGAAGCGCGCAUACGGGAAACCGCCUGCGUGUGCCAUGUUUUCAUCAUUUUCUAGGUACAAGCGCGAGUCCUACCGUCAUUCUGAGUUCGCGCCCCGGAUCCUCGCCGACGAAGGGUUGGACGUUGUCAUGAAGUCAGACCACCCAGGGGUUCUGUCCCGACAGCUUCUCCAGGAGGCCGCAAUAGCCCACUAUUUUGGGCUUCCCGACAGCCUCGCUCUGGCCUCUGUGACAACUACCCCUGCUCAAGUGCUCGGACUCGAACACCGCAUUGGCUACGUCAAGGAGGGCUUCGACGCAGACGUCGUCCUCUGGGACAGCCAUCCGCUCGCCCUCGGAGCUACCCCCAAGCAAGUCAUCGUGGAUGGAAUCGUCCAGUUCCCUCAUGCUCGUGAGGCUCCGAAAGCGCAUUCACGCCAGCACUCGCCGUCGACUCCCAACUUCGAUCGCGAAAGGGUCGCAACGCUCAAGUACGACGGCCUUCCUCCCCUCAAGAGCAAGCCCCAUCAUGCGAUCGUGGCCUUCACCAAUGUCUCCCACGUCUGGAUGCGGGACGAUACCGACAUGAUUGUGGAUAUACUUACCCGACAUUCCUCCCUCGACCCUGAGGAGAGUUCCAACGGUGUCGUUGUCGUCUCCGAGGGCCGCAUCACUUGCUCGGGUACUUGCGACCUUCAUGCUCCCUCUCUCGCCAACGCGGCUGUUGUCGAUCUGCAAGGCGGAGCAAUCCAACCCGGGCUCGUCAACUUCGGCGCGAACCUCGGCAUGACCGAGAUACCGAUGGAGGAUUCCACCAGAGACGGCGCCAUUGCAGACCCGCUCACCGACGGACAGCCAUCACUCUUUGGUACCGGUGGAUUCAUGGCGAAGGCUGCAGACGGGCUGAUGUUCGGCACGCGCGACGCUCUCCUUGCGUACCGCGCCGGGGUAACCGUCAGUGUAAGCACCCCGAUCUCCUCCGGCUGGCUCGGCGGCCUCAGCACCGCGUUCUCGCUCGGGGCGCCGCACAAGCUCGCGACGGGCGCGCUCGUCCGCGACGUCGCCGCGGUCCACUGUGCGCUCGUCCGCGGCGGCGCGUCGAGCGUCAGCACCAUGGUUGCGGCGAUGCGCCGGCUGCUCACCGGCGAGGUCAAGGGCGAGAUUGGAGAGUGGUUCGCGAAGGUCGCCCAGGGAAAGAUCCCGCUUGUGGUGGACGUGCACAGCGCGGACAUCAUCGCGACGCUCAUCGUGCUGAAGAAGGAGGUCGAGGCCAAGACAGGCGCACCGAUGAAGCUCACGAUUGCAGGCGCGACGGAGUCCCAUCUUCUUGCCGCAGAGCUCGCGGAAGCCGACGUGGGCGUCAUCGUGGCCCCAGGGCGCUCCUUCCCGUACACUUGGGACGAACGCCGUGUUCUACCUGGGCCCCCCGUAAGCAACAACAGCCUCAUCGGCCAUCUCUUGAAGCACAACAUCACAGUCGGAAUUGGCCCUCGGGGGUGGGUGCUCUUGGCCACCCGUCCAACGCCGAGAUGGCGAACUCGCGGGCGAGGAACUUGCGCUUCGAUCAAGAAGGGGGCGUUCGCCCUCGCGACGGUCAACAUGGAGAAGCUGCUCGGACUUGAGGGUAAGCCAAAUGAGCAAGAUCUCGUCGCGACUGUUGGCGGGGACCUGCUCGGAUACCAGGGGAAGGUCAUCGCUGCCAUUUCGCCGCGCCGGUCUGUGGUCGAUAUUUUCUAG